UCACUCAAUUUUGUUUGUUUGGUUACCGAGAAAAUUGAACAGAAGAGUUCGGAUUGAUUAGCUUUAUUUGAUGCUUGGUUGCUUAGAAACUCAUCAUAAUUCAGCGAAAUUAGUGUAAUAUAAUCUCUGUUCACUUUUUUGUUGUAAUCAUCAACCGCACCGAAUUAGUUCUUAUUUUCUUAGCAUCCAAACAGAGUCCUAUUUGUUUUAUUCUUAGUUUUCUUUAAUUGCUAUGUUUUGCUCUGCUAAACUCGUGGAUAUCGCGCAUGUCAAGAAUUUGAUUUUCUGAUUUACGUCUUUUUUGGUUGAUGGAUUGAUUGAUUGAGGCAGGACAAGAACACGGACUUGUCAUUGAAGAUUGAAGAAGGCUUUGGACCUAAUGGGUUAGGAAUCUUAUCAAUCACCGAUGUUCCGGAAUAUUCUUCCUUGCGCCGAAAUCUUCUACACCUGUCACCUAGCCAAUCUGCCGGAAGAGGUGAAGAAGGAACUCGAAGAUCCUGAUAGUAGGUACAAUUUUGGAUGGAGUCAUGGAAAAGAGAAGCUGGAAUCUGGAAAGCCAGAUACGUUAAAAGGCUCUUUUUAUGCAAAUCCAAUGUUAGAUAGGCCUACAACAGAUGAAUAUCUACUUCAAAGGUAUCCAUCAUACUGUGGAUCAAAUAUAUGGCCUAAUAGUGAAUUGCCAGAACUUGAAGUUGCCUUCAAAGCUCUUGGGAAGCUGAUCCUUGGAGUUGGGCUUAUGGUGGCAUUUCACUGUGACAGAUAUGUGUCAAAAGCAAUCAAAAUGAGUGAGGAUGAAGGCCUUGAACAAAUACUUUUUCGUUCUCGGUGUCAUAAAGGGCGUCUACUUUAUUACUUCUCCACAAAAGAGAGUAAUUCUCCUGAAGAUAAUAAAGACAUGUCUUCUUGGUGUGGAUGGCAUACAGACCAUGGUUCACUUACAGGACUGACCUGUGCCAUGUUUACGAGAGAUGCUGUUGAAAUACCAUGUCCUGAUAGUGGAGCUGGCCUUUAUAUCAGGACGCGAACAGAUCAGAUUGUCAAAGUUGUCUUUGGAGAAGAUGCAAUAGCAUACCAAAUUGGCGAAACCACUGAAAUUCUGUCAAGAGGUUAUCUUUGUGCGACACCUCAUUGUGUCCGGGCACCCAAGGGAGAGGACGCUUGCAGUCUUGAUCGUUCAACAUUUGCAUUAUUUAUGCAACCUGACUGGGAUGAGAAGCUUAAUUUUCCAGAGGAGAUUCAUAUCCAUAAAGAGUUGAUUUCACCAAAUGGUGCUCUUACCUUUGGAGAGUACACAGAGAAGCUCCUCGACAAAUAUUACCACCAGAAAACAUAAACGUCAUGUAUUUUCGCUGUUCAACGAUAUACAACAACAUACUCUCUCAAAUAGUUAGUAGAUCAAAUGACAAUUUUGAAAGAAAAAAAAAAUGUAAAUUUCUUCAUUUGCAUGGUUGAUUUCUUGUUGGCAGGUUAGUUCUCCAAUCAGUAUGUUUUUCUAAAUUGCAUUUUCAAUUACAAUUUACAUAUAAAAGCAGGAGAGGAUAAUGCUGCCACUUGCUGUA